AUGGUCUUAAACUUCAGUACAUGCCGAGAGGAAGAGGUAGAUUCAAACUGGUGGGCUGCUGACAAGAGGUGGCAAACGCUGCUCAAAGAGUCCCAUACGUUAAAGCCCCAAAGACUGAAGAACAGGCAGGAGAUAAGAUCCAAGCGGAAGAAGGAAGGCAGGACGAUCCAGAGGGCAAAGCCAAAGCCGUUGUCAAGGAGCUUCGCGGAAGUCUGGGCCAAAAGAUCCAAGUUCCUAAGAGGUGCUGAAGGGAUAUUCAGUGCCAACCAACCGACCAAACAACCGUUCAACCAACUAACCGACCAACCAAUAAACCACACAAAGGAGAUAAUGAAGAAGAUCCUGCCAUUUUGCCUGUUUUUCUGCAUGCUGCUGCAGGCCACUACCUCCAAGCCCAAGAAAGAAAGCAGCAUACCUGAAACUGCAGGUUAUAUUAAUUUUAGAAAACAGCAUAUGGACCAAGGCAUGACAAAGGAGAAAUGUAAAAAACUAAAUACUAAAAAUUAUGGCAAAACAAAUGAUUGCAAGGAAAAAAACACGUUUAUUACAGAUUCUCCGAAAGAUGUCAAAUCCAUUUGUAAUGAUGGAGGAGAUUAUGAUAGUAAAACUGGUUUAACAGUGAGUAAAAAGGGAUUUAAUAUCGUUGACUGUACAUUGAAACAAAUGGAAGCCAAAAAACCUCAUUGUGAAUACAGGGGAAACACGUUCACUCAGAGGCUUCUUGUUGUGCGCUGCCAAGAUGGCUUACCUGUGCACUUUGAAAGGAGCAUACAGUUACCAAAGGUGUUUAAUUACUAAUGCUGCAAAUGCUUUAGCUUUUUUUUGACCGACAAUCCUUUAAAACAUGGUGCAAAUCUUUUUGACACAACUUUCUUUUAAUAUACUUUGGUUUUAAACAUGUAUCUUUUCUUUAACAUCAACAGCAUAUUAAGGAACAUCCAUAUCUUUCUGUAAUGUCCAUGGCUUAUAAAAACAACAUUUUUGGUCUAUCACUUGCCCUUAUUAACCUACUGCUUUAUAAAGAGCUGUGUUGUGCUAAUGCUGAUCAUGAAUCA